AUGAAGGCAGGGGUUCUGAUUAUAGUGAGUCUGCUUUUAGCCACUACAGUCAACACUGAAGAAAAAGGGGCUCUCACUGUAGGAGGUUACGUGAGAGACGGAAACCGUGGAAAUGAAAACAUUAGUCCAGAAGGUUACGGUGGUUAUGAAGGUUAUGGUGGACAUGGAGGCUACCGAGGAUAUGGAGGAUUAGGUGGUUUUAGAGGUGGUGGUCUUGGAGGUGGUUACGGCGGUGGUCUUGGAGGGGGACUUGGAAGAGGGGGUGGUCUUGGAGGAGGGGGUGGUUUCGGAGGAGGGGGUGGUUUCGGAGGAGGUUAUGGAGGAGGCCUUGGAAGAGGCAUAGGACGGGGUCUUGGAGGUGGUUAUGGCGGUGGAGGUGGAUUUGGUUUUGGAGGAGGUGCUGGCGGUGGUUUAGGAGGCGGUUUGAGACGAGGUGGUUUUGGACAUUCUAAAUGUUGCGGUUAA